CUACUUGUUGUUGCCUGUCUGAAGGAGCGUGAGUGUAUCGUCUUCCAGCCGGUCAGCUAGUCAGCUACUCAGUCAUUCAAAAAACUAUGAAAUGGAAUAACUUUGAUUGAAGUGUAUACAACUAAAAAGAACAAAUAAGAGCAAAGAUCAGGAAAAGGAGAAGAGGUCACACUGACAGAGUUGAGGAUGAUGGCAGAGGGGCGUUUUGCCAGUCUGCCCAGGUCCCUCCAUGCUCACCACACCCUGGGAGGAGGCACUGCACACCCUGGAGUCCCUUCCACCUCCCUCGGUGUGCCCAGCAGCAGCACCUGCUCCUCCCGGAGGCUCCAGGCUUCCCUCGCCUCCUCCAUGGACCUCCUCAGCUCCAGACCUGGACUCCCUCCAGGGCACGGCAGCAGCCUAUCAGAGAGGCCCUCUGCUGCCUACCAGCCAAUCUCCAUACAUGGAACUCUGCCUCGACGCAAGAGAGGGGUCAACAUCACCCAUGGAAACUACACCUGGGACCCCAGAGCCAAUCACACGCAGCAGAUACUUAGCGGGAACAUGGCACUGGCUCCUGGAUCCAUUCAUCAACCCAUGACGUCUCCGCUGGUCCAAAAUGUCAUUGAUGACUUUCAUGGCUACAGGGAGCCUGCUGCCAGCCUGGACGCCACGGUGGACUACGUUAAGGUUGCAGAGAACUUGGUGCAGCGUGACGGGGAUUUCCUGAUCCGUGAUUCGCUGUCCAGUCCAGGAAGUUAUGUUCUGACCUCCCAAUGGCGAAAUACUGCCCAGCACUUUAAAAUCAACAAGAAGGUUGUGAUGUUGAAUGAAGCCUACUCCAGAGUCGAGUACCGGCUGGAAAGGGAAGGAUUUGACAGUGUCCCUGCACUUAUAAGAUACUACGUCGGCAACAGAAAACCUGUCUCCCAGGUGGUAGGAGCCAUUAUCUUCCAGCCAAUUAACAGAGGGCUGCCGCUACGUUGCUUGGAAGAAAAGUACGGGUUGUCCAACAAUCACCGCGAUCGGCUCAUGGCGCAGGAGAGGCGGAGUCAGAAGCGCCUCAGCCUCAACAUCACCAACGGGCACACUCACGACAACACACAAGCCGUGCACGACAGCACACACUGCCGGGACAACGGCGUGGGCCGAGGCAGCCAGCUCAGGUCGAAGGAUCGCUGUGGCAGCCAACCAGCGAGUCUCAAUCAGGUCCAAGAGAGGCGACGCCCCCUCAAGGCGCACCAAUCAGAAAGCUACCUGCCUCUUGGAUCUAAACCUCAGCCCCAGCAGCCUCCCGACUCUCUCCUCCCGAGCCCUCACCCCAAGUCUCCAGUCUUUCGGACGGGCAGUGAGCCGGCACUGAGCCCCUCUGUCCCACGGAGAUCUGCAGAGCUUCUGGCAGGCCAGCCCAUCCGGGGCUCUGACAGCCAGCUAUGUCCUAAACCGCCCCCCAAACCCAGCAAGGUCCCGCUGGCUCGACUGCCUCGCUCCCCCUGCCUUCAGCCACUGGCUCUCCCCUCCAGCUCCUCCAACCUCACAGACUCCUCCUCCACCUCCCCCAGGCUAACUGCACCCCACCUGGACUCCACAUGUGUGGAAACUCCUGGUUCUACAUGGAGGAGUGGAGCCACCACAGGCCCUCCCGUACCUCCAGUGAAACCCCUGAAGAUUAAGCACCAGCUCCUGCCUGCAGACUCUCCUGCUGAACUGGUUCAGUAUCCUGAUUCAGAAGCAAUAGCAGGAUGGACUGAACGCCUGCAGCCGAGCCCUGCAGACCAGAGGUCCUGCAGCCCGCUGCAGUGGGAGGAAUCAAAUUCACAGAACGCCUUCACAGACAACGCCCUCGAACCUUCACUCUGCAGCUACGUGGAGCGACUGAGGAGAAGGAGGGAGGAGAGGACUGACAGAAGCUUCCUAUCCAAUCAUGCCAUCGCUGCCUUAGAAAACACCAGCGAGGAAGAGGAGGAGGAGGAAGACAAGAGGCGGGAUAGAGAGAGGAAUGCUUUCCAGCGGCCGGUCGUGGAGACGGAGUCGACCUUCCGGCCGGCAGAGUUUGGAUCUCGACUUCUACCGCCGGAAAACAAACCGCUGGAGAUGGUUGUUCUGAAGAGAGCGAAGGAGCUGCUGCUCAGCCACAAUCACCACAGUAUAGCCAGACACCUGCUGAUGGCCGACUGCCAGGAAUUGACAGCCAUUAAUGUAGUUCCUCUCUACGUGAUAUGCAGAGAGAUACUCGGAGUGACUUCAGAGCUUAAAGGUCAGAUGGGCGUUGUCCUCACGUCUGGAGCUGGCACCACACCAUUGGCGAUAGGCGUUGCUGUGGAUAUUCUGGGAUUGUACAGGCAGCGUAGGAGCCGGGCGUCCACCUUGAAUCGCAUCAUCCUGGUGGCGUUGGAGCUCAAGGACACGAUCAGUCGUUUAGAGAACAUGGACGACUCUGCGAAGGAAUACACACAGACCCGCCAUCACCUACGAGAAAACACUCAAAACCUUUCUACAAGAAUCUCUUCCUCUCCUCCAGUUGUCUGCGUCCCCCUCCUGCUGCCCCUCCUCACUUUGAUGGAGCGUCCGUCAAACACUCCAGAGGGGGCGGAGCUCUGGGAGACCAGCGACCAGGGCUGCGACAUUAUGCUGCGCCACCUUGAGGCUGCACGUGACAUCGCACACAACUCGCAGAGCUACACGGCCAACGCACAGAAGAUCUUACAAGAGUUCCAGUGCGAUGACGACCUGCUGGAGGUGUUUAAAACAGACUUUCAGCUGCGGCUGCUGUGGGGAAGCCGUGGAGCUUCAGUCAACCAAUCAGACCGCUAUAACAAAUUCAACCUCAUCCUUAUUGCGUUGUCACGGAAACUGGAGCCGCCACCCAAAACACAAACCUUAAUCUGACUUCACCUAAGCAUCAACUCUACCACAUACGGAAAAGGCUUCAGUACAACAUCAGGUGGAUCAGAAACCAGCUCCGAAGAGAAACAGACUGUAACGAGGAAGAGACGAGCUGCCGUCACUGUGGAGGUAGUCUGAGGUAGAGGAGUUCAAGAUCAAACCUCACACACAAACUCUGCUCACCUGCAGCUGACUUUUUAUUUUAUUUUACAUCAGUUAAAGAACGAAUCUGUCUUUAUUGUUGUGUGUGUCAGGGGCUCAUAACAUCAGUAUCCAGUAAAACAAUGUAAAUCUGCAACUUGUUUAAAUCACCUACAGCCUAAAAUAUAUCAUACACACAACUAUGUGACUUGUAUAAAUACAUGUAAAAAUACACACACAUACAAACAGAAUCUGAAACAUACAUGUAAGAGGACCUACAAAAAGACAACCUUUUAGGAACUGAGAUAAACAGCUCUAAGCAUCGCCACAAUCUGAAAUAUAACGUCUUAUAAAAUGAGAAAGCAGCGCUCCAAAAACCUUAAAAAACAUCUCAAUACUAAGUUUACCAUUUUAUUUCCUUAAACAGACACGUUUCUGCAGUCCAGAAACUGUAGUCCUAAAGAGGAUAGAGAUCAUCCCUGUAGGUGUUCUGACCUUUACUACAUGUUGACUCUAUUUAACACAAUUCUGUUUAAGCAUGUCCUUUAAUAUAAAAAUCACCAACAUUGGACAGACUGUACAUUGUUAAUACAGAUACUGUAUGUCCAAUUUUUUUAUCAAUUAUGUUCUACUCAAAGAUACUGAGAUCCAGCAGCCACAGGUCACCAAAACUCCUUAAUGUUUUGAUGACAAAAAUCCCCUAAAAAAUUGUGAAACUGCCCUUUUUAAAAUGAUAAAUAAAAUAAAAUUUGUGUGAGAACGGAGCCGACAGGAGAGGCUUAAAAGGCUCUUGUUUUAUUUCUAUACUGACAUUCCAGUUAAUCGAGACCAUGUUUCUUCAACAAGAGUAAAAGGAGAAAAAUAGCAAAUAGCUCUAAAUUCUGUACAAAGUACACUAAGAGGAAAAUGUACUUUCUUAGUCAGCGUCUGCACAUAUUGUCUAGAUAGAAAUAAUAAAUAUAUUUAACAGUUGAAUGAGUGAUUAAGAGUCCAACCUGGGCUUUUGAUACAAAACCACCUGACCACUUUGUUGCUUAUUUAUCAAGCAAAAAAUAGUCUACAGCUCAAAUAUAUCGUAUUUUUCCUUUCCCAAUACCAAUUCCUAUACCUGAAGUCUGCGUAUUGGCUAAUACAGAGUACCGGUUCAAUACGAAUCAUGCCUUUGCCAUUUGGAAUUUCUCUAAACACAAGUUCACUUGAUAUUGAUAGCGAUGUUCCCACAAGGUGUUUUUUUCCCCAAUUCAUUGGAUGGAAAAAGGUCAACAGUAAAUCCUUUUACUUACAAACGGAGCAGAAAAUCUGACUUCUUCUUUCUGUACAUGUGUAAAUGUAGCUACUUUUCUUCCAGGGAUUCUCUUGACAGAUGAAAAUAUUUUUGUUUCUGCAUAAACGUGAAUGAAUUGAUUAAAAAACUGAAAUAUGUUAAAGCGUGAGAGUAAAGUUGUACAUAUUUGAAAUAUUAGCAUGUUAAUAAUUGACUGUACAUAUUUUCUGUAGAAGACUGACUGUAAGGAAAAAAUGUGGCUGAUUUUAAUGUUUAUAUUAUGAACUACUGUAAGAUUGAAUAAAUAUGGUGUACAAUCUGUGUAAUAUACUGAAUAUGCUGUGAUAUCACAUCCUGGUUGAAAACUUAAAAACUGAACACAAAGAACAUGUCUAACGGUUUGUGUGAUGUUGACACUAUUAUAGAGUUAUUUCACUCUUGAAUUCAUAAAAACUAUUAAGCUAAACGUCCCAUCUGGUUAAAAGUCACAGCUGAAUUUAAAAUCAUCAGAGAAAACAAACCCACUUUU